AUGGUCAGCUUUCGAGAAAUUCUAAAUAAAUGUCACUUAUAUGAUCUUGGCUAUAGAGGGGACAUGUUCACAUUGAGUAAUAAAUAUGGAGAUGGUACUUAUACAAAAGAAAGGUUGGACAGAGUGGUAGCUAACCCUAUAUGGACUUACAUGUUCACAAAUUAUGGGAUUGAAGGAUUAGUGGUUAGGAGUUCUGAUCAUAAGCCCCUAUUGAUGAGGUUUAGUAAAGAAGAGGAGGCAAGCAUGAAUAGUGCACAGCUAUUUAAGUAUGAGGCAAAAUGGAAUUUAGAAGAUGAUUGUGGAGGGGUGGUUCUUGAGAACUGGAAAUAUGGGGGCAUACAUUCUGAUCCUGUGAACAAAGUGAAAGGAAUGCUUGAGAAUUGUGAAGGAGCAUUAGAGAGAUGGAGUAGAUAG